CAUCAAACGAGCAAGAAGAGCGAGACAGACAACUCAUCCUAGCAGAAGUAGAGCGUCAAUUGUCAGGUUCAACGAGGAAAACGAACGGAAAGCACGACAAAGACAAACAGACCCAGAAGAAUGGUAUAAUUUUAAGUAGUUCUACUUCAAGAAUACGAGGAAGUGAACUCAAAACUCCUGAAGAGCGCCUAUCACCACAUCUCAAAAUCGAGAAGAAAUUCCAUACAAGCAGUGCUUUUGUGCAAGAGCUCGCUGAUACACUUGCGCGGGAACUAUGCACUAGCACUGCACCC